GUUUCAUCGCGUCGUGAAGAAAGAAGAGGAACUUGCAUACGGGAGACCCUCUCCCAUUCUCCGUGGGACGAAGAAGAAGAAGAAGAAGAGACGCUGGACGGCUGACGGAGCGCUUGGAGCGCCAUGCGCAACCGUCAGCCCACGUGGAUGAGACUAGAAGCUGCGGAGGCUGUCGAAGAAGCUCCUCGGCAUCAUGGCAUCGGGCAGAUUGUCCACUACCUAGUUCCUUUUGUCGUGCCGCUCAUUCCAUCUGUAGGCGGAUGUUACAUCUCGGUUUACCUACGCAAGGAACACCGCUUCUGGUAUGAGAACUUGCGCAAGCCGAAGUGGUGUCCGCGGCACUGGGUGUUCUUCCCAACUUACCACGCACUCUUCCCGGCUAUGGGCAUGGCCUCGUACUUGGUGUACAACGAGCAAGGCUUCCACGGCCCGGCCAGGAUCGCGCUCCUGGUGUACUCCGCACAGCUGAGUCUGACGUGGGCUUGGGUUCCGCUCUUGUUCAAGAGCAGGGCUUUCAAACUUGCUGCUGUAGAAUCAGCGGCUGGGUCACUGCUAGUCGGUCUCACCGUCCUCCUCUUCGGGCGAAUCCACCGCGGAGCAUCUGUCCUCAUGGUUCCCCAUUUCCUCUGGUCUCUCUACCUCACGGCCACCUCCUUCUGCUUGUUCAGAAACGCCGCUAACCAGAGAGUGAAGUAGGAAACACCCAGUUGAUACGAUUAAAUUUGUCCAUAUGUCGUAACUAUGCGUGCCAACAGCAAAUAAAAAUCAUUCACUGAAAUACGG